AUGCUUGCAGAAACAUGGGAAGCUGGACGAUAUAACCCCGAACUACGCAAGAACCUUUUCCAUGGCCUUUCCCGCACGAUAUUGACAAUGGCGCGCAUUCCAUUGCCAAAGAUUGGCUCGUUCACUUUGGAUAAAAGUGGUUAUUUAAGCCUGAGUAAUCGUCCCCUUACUCUUGACAUCCAACAAUUGGAAAAUGAGCAUAUUCCGGUUGAUGUACCACGAAGCGUCACUCACGCAAGUAUUGAUUCUUAUCUAAGCGACAUCAUGCAUGUCCAUGAGAAUCGGAUUCGCCAUCAACCAAACGCAGUGAACAGCAUAGAGGAUGGUUUCUAUCAGACGGCUGCAUUGAUGGUUAUGAGAAGCAUCUUGCCCUUGUUCUUCCGCCGACUUUUGUCUCGGGGGCCGUUCUUUUUAACGCUCACUAAUAUGGAUCAGACGAAUAUUCUUGUCGAUGAGAAUUGGAACAUAAAAUAUCUUAUCGACUUAGAGUGGGCCUGCUCCAAACCAGUGGAAAUGAUCCAUCCUCCAUACUGGCUGACCAAUGAUGCCAUUGAUUCAGUCAACGCUGAAGAAUAUAGCGUUCUUCACACAGAGUUCAUGGAAGCGUUUGCGGAGGAAGAACUUCAAAUCACGACACCGAUCUCCCUUCACUCUAUCUUGCAGCAAGGAUGGGAGAGGGGGACAUUUUGGUGCUCUCUAGCACUUCAGAGUCCAUCAUCGCUUUUCACCAUCUUUUAUGAUUACAUCCAGCCCAGGUUUUCUAAUGCUUGCGACGACCCGUCAUUUUGGGUCGUCACUAUGCCUUACUGGGCGUUCAAUACUUAUGAUUUCAUUGAGCAGAAAGUCAAGGAUAAAGAACAGUACGAUGCCUCUCUACUAGAAGCAUUCCAGUCUUAA